AUGGGCCCCUGUACCGCCUCCCCAUGCUGCUGCCAGGCCCGUAAUCUGCCAUGGGCCCCUGUACCGACUCCUCAUGCUGCUGCCAGGCCCGUAAUCUGUCAUGGGCCCCUGUACCGCCUCCUCAUGCUGCUGCCAGGUCCAGAGUGUGUCAUGGGUCCCUGUACGCCUCCCAUUGCUGCUGUCUCUAUCGCCACACUCUGCCAUGUGCCACUUUCAGGUCUCCUCACACUGCUGGUGGUUUCCAUUUUUGUCAUAGGGUGCUGUAUGGCCUCCCAUUGCUGCUGCCUCCACCGCCACACUGUGGCUCCACACUCUGGUUUUGGCCCCGUGACUGCCCAAAUGAGUGAAGUGUGCGGUGAUUCUAAGAUCGACGGCACUCAUCUGCAUGUCAUACUGACUGACAGUAUUAUUUCUCUUCCCCAGCAGACUCCAAGGGCAUUUAAAUUAAAGGUACAGUGUUCUGCACUAAUAUUA